AUGCUUAGGUGUGCCGCAUAUGUUGUUAUAGGUUUAGUUUUUCUUUUCAUAAAACCUUACUCUUGUGCGCGUGUUCGAGAGUAUGUUGGAGAGAAAGUGGCGACCUGUGCCACGCCAAAUACUGACAAAUAUCUUUUGGAAUCACCCGGCGGUUGGAACUUCUCCGUAGAUGGCCACAAGUUUCACUUCAAGGGCAGCUUUGUCGUUAAAGAAACUAUUCAGGAUCCUUUAGAGCUUAUACUUGCCGCUAAUCGCUGUUCACUGGACAUGAAAAACUGCGAACCUUUCAACAAGCUGACGCUUAAUCGGAUCUGCCAUCACAUCAACGGGAGGGAGUAUCUGGCUACGUUUCUGGAUGGCAUACAGCCCAGUUUUCGAUGUCCGAUCAAACCUGGUGUUUAUGAGUUCAAAAAUUCCACCAUGGGUUUGAGCUUUAUAUCGAACCUGCCCAUCGAAGGAUAUCGUUGGACGGCCAGCCGUAUCAAAGAGUUUCUCGGAGAGAAGGUAGCCACAUGCGUAACACCGAACACCAAAGAUUAUCUUCUCGAGUUUCCUACCGGCUGGAAUUAUUCAAUAGGUAGCAACAAAGUGCACUUCUAUGGCAGCUUCGUCAUCAAGGAAACCAUCCAAGCGCCAAUUGAUCUUAUAAUCGCCUCCAAUCGUUGUACACUGGAUAUGAAAACCUGCGAGCCGUUCAACAAGUUUACACUGCCGCGGAUUUGCACCUACGUCAACGACGAGAACGGUGUGUUUGCUUCGUUUUUCAACAGCUUGGAACCAAAUUUUCACUGUCCGCUUAAGCCGGGCGUGUACGAGUUUAAAAAUUCAACCAUCGAUUUACGCUUUUUUACAAACUUUCCCCUAGAGGGGUAUCGCUGGACGGCAAGUCUCAAGCUGAUUUCAAAAGAUAAACUCAAAAAGGAGAUAUUUUGCCUGUAUGCGCAGGUUUAUGUUAGAUGGAUAAGAAAAUCUUAA